CUAAAGUCGAAAAGACGAAAAAACAAGAUAUAUUGAAUCAGCCCACCAAUAAUAGUUCACUGAGCUCUCGACCACGUCUCAUACCAAGUUUUCUAAUGCAUUUUCUAAAUGAUAUCACCAAAUUCACAUAACUUUAACCCAGCAAAUAACUUCUACUUCGCUUGCUUCAUCAUCUUCAUAUUGUAGUUUUUCGAAUCAGUACACCUUAAACAGUUUCUUGUCGUAGCAGCUUCAUGGAGACCCCAAAACUCACCCACGUGGUUCUCGUUUCAAGUCCAGGUCUGGGCCAUCUCAUCCCUGUCAUUGAGCUGGCCAAGCGCUUUGUCCUUCUCCACAACUUCAAAGUGACAGUUAUCGCCGUCACUUCCCAAACUUCACCAGCCGAAGCGCAGAUCCUCAACUCACUCCUCACACCAUCUCUCUGCCACCUCAUUGAUAUUCCUUCACCAGACAUCAGUGCCCUCAUUUCCCAAAACGAUGCCGUGUUCACUCGCCUCUGCGUCGUGAUGAGCGAAGCCAAACUCGCCAUCCGGUCAAUUCUUUCCGAAAUUACCCCUCGCCCUUCCGCAGUCAUCGUUGAUGCUUUCAGCACCGAGACCAUACCCAUAACAAGAGAACUCGAUAUUCUUGGCUACGUCUACUGUGCUUCACACGCUUGGAUGCUCGCGUUGGUUCUCUAUUCGCCGGUUCUGGAUGAACUGGUAGAGGGACAAUACGUGGACCAAACGGAACCGAUCAAAAUUCCGGGCUGCAAACCGGUUCGACCGGAGAACUUGGUCGACCCCAUGCUGGACCGGAACGACAGACAGUAUACAGAGUAUCUGAAAAUAGGAAAAGGGAUCGUACAAAGCGACGGCGUUUUGGUGAACACGUGGGAGGAGCUUCAACGUGAAGAGCUUGAAGCGCUGAGGGAGGGAGGUUCGUUAAGUGAAGCGCUAAAUAUGAAGAUUCCUGUGUACGCUGUGGGACCUCUCGUGAGGGAGCCCGAGUUAGAAACCAAUUCUUCAAUUGAGUCGCUGGUGACGUGGCUCGACCAACAACCGACACAGUCGGUGGUUUACGUGUCAUUUGGCAGCGGAGGAACGGUGUCUUCUGAGCAAAUGAAGGAACUGGCAUGGGGAUUGGAACUGAGUGAACAGAGAUUUGUUUGGGUGGUGCGCUCGCCCAUUGAAGGAGUUGCUGAUGCGGCGUAUUUCACCACUGGGAGUAGCGGGAUUGAUGAGGUGGCGAAGCAUUUGCCGGAAGGGUUUGUUUCGAGGACUCGAGAAGUGGGCCUGCUGGUUCCCGAUUGGGCCCAACAAGUGACUAUACUAAGUCAUCGUUCUAUUGGAGGUUUUCUUUCACACUGUGGGUGGGGCUCCACCCUGGAAAGUAUAACAAACGGUGUUCCGUUGAUCGCAUGGCCGUUGUACGCCGAGCAAAAGAUUAAUGCGGCGCUGUUGGCGGAGGAGCUGGGCGUGGCGGUUGGGCCCAGGGUGUUGCCGACGAAGAAGGUGGUGCGUAGGGAGGAGAUAGCAGAAAUGGUGAGGGAGGUUAUUGAGGGAGUGGAAAGUGUGAAGGGCAAUCACGUGAGAGAGAGAGUGAAAGAGGUGCAGCAAAGUGCAAUGAAGGCUUUGUCGAAGGGUGGGUCGUCCCUCGUUGCGCUGUCUCAUCUCGUGAAUAUAAUUUCAGGUUGAAGAGAUGUUUAUGGGGCCAUUCUCUUAAUGAAAGUAGUUGAAAAUAUGAUAAUUAAUGGCUUCUGUUGACGAAGUCCUUUUUACUCCUUGUCUUGCUUAAAUGUCUCGAUUGGAAUCUCGUGCAAAGAACGUCAGAGAUUGUUAUAGUUGAAAGAAGUCGAAGUAUGAUCCAAGGUUCCUGCAGCUUAUGGGUUAUGGUUUAUAGCCAAUCUCAGUAUAUAUUCUCUUCUUCUUUUUAACCUCAUAUUACUAUUAUAAAAAUAAUUUUACUAGAGUGUGUUUAUCAUCAAUUGAAAUUUGCUAUUUUUUUUAUUAUUUAAUUAAAUUUGAAAAAUAAACUAGCUCACUUUCUAGUUUUUGUUGUUGUUUUCCUUUUCCAUAAUUAUGGGGAAUAAUAUAUUGCACUUUUUGUUAUUUA